GUGGCUUAGCUUCACAGUUUCACCCCUGGUCUCAGAAGGAGAACUAAAGUCCUCACCUACAAGGAAAAGUCAGAGAGCAGAGUUUUUGGAAGAAAAGAACAAUGGACCUGAUUCUAAACCUUUCCAGGGAAACAUGGGCACUGCUGGCUACCAUCCUGGUGCUCCUCUACCUGUAUGGAACCUCUUCACAUGGACUGUUUAAGAAGUUAAGGAUUCCUGGCCCCAAACCUCUGCCUUUUGUUGGGACAAUGCUUGAAUACAGAAAGGGUAUAUCGAUAUUCGAUGUAGAAUGCCGAAACAAGUAUGGAGAUAUGUGGGGGCUAUAUGAGGGACUGCAACCUGUUUUGGUCAUUGCAGAACCAGGCUUGAUAAAAAACGUGCUAGUGAAGGAAUUUUAUUCUAUCUUCACAAAUAGGCAGACUCUUGGUCCAGGUGGACUUAUGAAAAGAGGUAUCACUAGGUCUGAGAAUGAAGAAUGGAAGAGACUUCGAACAUUGUUGUCUCCAACCUUCUCCAGUGGAAAACUGAAAGAGAUGUUCCCCAUCAUCCAGCAUUAUGGAGAUUCACUGGUGAAACACAUUGGUCAGAAGGCAGAGAAAGGCAAGCCUGUUAACAUGAAAGAGAUCUUUGGAGCCUACAGCAUGGAUGUGAUUACUAGCACCACAUUUGGAGUGGAGGUGGAUUCCCUCAACAAUCCCCAGGAUCCCUUUGUGAGAAACACCAAAAAGCUUUUAAAUUUUGGCAUUUUCAAUCCAUUGCUUUUCUCUACAGCACUCUUUCCAUUCCUUAAAGGACUAUAUGACAAACUUAAUAUCUGCAUUCUUCCUAAUGAUGCUACAAGUUUUUUGCAAAAUUUUGUGAAUAAAGCAAAAAAAGAUCGACUGGAAGAUAACCAGAAGCGCCAAGUGGAUUUUCUUCAGCUGAUGAUAAACUCCCAGAAUUUGAAAGACAUGGAGAACCAUAAAGCUCUUUCUGAUACGGAGAUCAUGGCCCAAUCAAUCAUAUUUAUUUUUGCCGGCUAUGAGACUACAAGCACUACUCUUUCCUUUAUAAUGUAUUUACUGGCAACUCAUCCUGAUGUCCAAAAGAAACUCCAGCGUGAGAUUGAUUUAGCCCUACCCAAGAAGGCACCUGCCACUUAUGAAGCCCUGCUAGAAAUGAAAUAUCUUGACAUGGUAGUGAGUGAAACUAUGAGAUUAUAUCCAGUUGCUAACAGGGUUAGCAGAAUCAAUAAGACAGAUGCUGAAAUCAAUGGUAUGCUCAUUCCCAAAGGGACUGUGGUGAUUAUACCUGUCUUUGCUCUACAACGAGAUCCAAAAUACUGGCCAGAGCCUGAGGAGUUUCGUCCUGAAAGGUUCAGCAAGGAAAAUAAAGAUAGAAUUAAUCCUUACACAUACCUGCCUUUUGGAUAUGGGCCUAGACAGUGCAUUGGCAUGAGGUUUGCUCUCAUUAACAUGAAACUUGCUAUUGUCAAAAUCCUGCAGAACUAUUCCCUGCUGCCUUGUGAAGAAACAGAGGUUCCCUUGAAAUUAAAAAAGACAUUGCUUCUUACUCCAGAAAAACCUAUUGUACUGAAGAUUAUAUCAAGAAAUUGAGACAUAAAUGAAGCUUGAUUUUUAUCUCAAGUUCUGAUUUGUUCUUCAAAGAGUGCAUACCUGGAUUUUAUUUACUCCUAAAGAAAAGUUAGAUGAAUAUAACUUUAAUCUACCACAUUUCAUGACAGAAUCUUCAAUUGUUUUUCAUUGUCUUGAUAGAUUCUUGUUUCUUGUGUAUGAAGGGAAAAUGAUUAUUUAGCAAUCCAUAUGUUCUUUCAUAUAAAAGUUUUCCCAUACCCAAAAUAGUGGUAUGUGUCAUUUCAAUUCUGAUUAAAAAUUUUUAUUAAUUUUGUUAA